AUGCAGGACAUGCCGAAAAAGGUAACUCUGUACUCCUUGCCACCCACCUGGGGCCUCCCAACGUUCCACCCGAACUUCCUCAAGGCGUAUGCAUACUGCAAGCUAGCUGCGAUCGAUUUUCAGAACGUUCAAACAUCGCCAUCGUCCAUGGCAGAUCCCAACUUCGAAACGCCCGUGGCAGACGUGUCGGGCAAGAUAGUGAAUGGGGCUGAUGAAAUUGUUGAGACGCUGCGGAACGACGUCACAGAUAUCGACCAACCGCUGCAAGAGAAGCAGAGAGCGCAGGUGUUCGCGUUCAGCUCCAUGAUCGAAGACUGCCUCCUACCUGCCAUGUUGCACGAGUGGUACAUGUCGGACGAUAACUGGUUCAAUGUCACAAGACCGCUGUAUACGGAAUCAGCCACGUUUCCUGCUACUGUUAUCUUGCCGUGGCAAGUCAAGGGGAGGAUGAAGAACAAGCUUAGCGUUCACGAGGACGUGGAAGCACUGUAUAAGAGAGCCGAUGCUUGCUACAGCGCGUUGUCGUCAUUCUUAGGGGAUCAAAUGUUUUUCUUCGGGAGCACUCCGACGUCGUUGGACGCUGUUGUCUUCGGGCACCUCGCGCCACAACUGUAUGCCCCCAUGGUUGAAGCCAGGCUGAAGAAGCAGCUGCGAAAGUAUCAAAACUUGUGCGGUUUCGUAGACAGGAUUAGAAAGGGUUACAUGAGCAUGCCUCGGAUUCCUCCUCCAGACCCUGCCGAGCUUGAAGCUGCGGAUGCUGCCAAUGCCAAUCCAAAGAGUGCCAAGUCUCAGUUGUCAACGCAGGAGAAGGCUGUUCGCCGGAGAACGAGAGACUUCAUUGCUCUUGGAGUUGUUGUGACAGUCGCUUUCCUUCUCUUCACCAACGUGAUCGACGUGGAGACAGCGGAUGAGAUUCAGGGAGAAUGA